AUGGGUGUGAUGAGGAGCCCACGGAGGCAGACUUGCGCCGCGGCCGAGGAAGAGCGGCUGAGCGGGUUCUGCGUGGAAGAGGACGAGGAGGAGGUCCACGACUCGGGCUCCGUGGACUCCGGCUUCGUGGCCGCCGUCUCGUGCCCGCUGACGGGCAUCUCCCUGGUGGCCAUCUCGUACGCGGUGCCCCGGCACGUGCGCGCGCCCGCGGAGAGGAGGAGGAGGCGGCUGCAGCGGGAGCGAGCGCGGCUGGACGCGCACCUGGACCGCUGCGUCAUGGCCGGCCUGUGCCUGCUGACGCUGGGGGGGGGGGGGGUCCUGCUGUCCGGCCUGCUCAUGGCGUCGAUGUGGAAGGGCGAGGGCGCGCGCAACCUGUGUGACUAA